AAGCUCCAAAGUUCAACCACCAUUCCUUCAUCUGCAUGGAUCACGUGCUGCCCAGCACUUCUUUCAUCUCUAUUAGCCUUUGACUGCCCACGACGGCUCUCAGACUGUCAUGGGGAAGAACCGAAAGUCCAAGCACAACCGUGGCGUGGCUGGCACCAUGGCAACCCUCGCUAUCGACGGGGUCGACGGGUCUGCCGACGCGGAGGACGCCACUCAGACUCUUACGACAGAAAACUUGACUUCGGACUCGGGCAGCCUCAAACGGCCAAGUCCUCACGAUGCUGAAAGUGACGACGGAUGGCAGACGAUCGAGCGCGGUCGGCCCGUCAAAAGGCACAAGAAGAUCCCAGGUCCCAACUCUAACCGGUACCCGGGCAUUACCUUCUCCCAGCAACAAGCAAGGUUGCAGGCCAAGAUUCAUGUCUCAUCCCUGCGUGACUUGAUUCUAUAUAUCUUCGCUGACGGGCCUGCUCCUCAAUGGGUAUCGGUUAAGCACCGCCCGGAGUUCAGGAAGAUCGUCGCCAUCAUGGUCCCCGGCCUCGAAGAGGCCAUGUUCCAAGAGAAGGUUGACUUUUCCAGCUAUAGUCUCUCCCCAGGUCAAGCGAUCGAGCGGGUCUCCGCGGGUACUUCUCCGGAUGAUUAUUAUCCUCGCGUCCUCAAAAAGGAGGCAUUGCACCGGGCUCUGCAGCCAUUUGCCGAUAUGUUCCCGCAUAUCUGGCCAGUGAAGGCACCGGGCGAUGACAAGUACGCCAAGCUGCAUUCUCCGAUGCAGACUAUGCUCACUGCUCCUCUUCCAAAGGAGAAGAAGGGGGCUGCCACGCUGUUGUCUGACCCUCACGGUUGGAGAGAUGUGCGAACGCGAAUUACGGAGUUUCUGGCUACGACUGAUGAGAUGAUGGAAAACGGUUUCCCAGUACACCCAGCCAUGCUCCCGGAAGGAGAGAAGCGAGCCGCUUUCAAAGCCCCUGAUGGUUUCGUCCAUACAAGGGUCAACAGCCUGGAAGAUGGCGAUGUUCCCGAGGCCGAAAUCCAACAGGGCAGCAUCACAGCAGGCCGCGAAGUUUUGGCUUUGGACUGUGAGAUGUGCAUGACAGGGGAAAACGAGUAUUCUCUGACGAGGAUAAGUCUGGUAUCCUGGGACGGCGAAGUUGUGCUUGAUGAGCUUGUCAAGCCGGAGAAGCCUAUCACCGACUACGUGACUCGAUUUUCGGGCAUUACCAAAGAAAUGCUCGACCCGGUCACGACUACUCUGAAAGACAUACAGACUCGGCUACUUGAUAUUUUACAUCCUCGCACGAUACUCGUCGGCCACUCCCUCGAGUCGGACCUCAAAGCGAUUCGGCUUGCACAUCCAUUUAUCGUCGAUACCUCCAUCGUCUUCCCGCACCCGCGCGGUGCACCGCUCAAAUCGUCUCUCAAGUAUCUAGCGUUGAAGUACCUGAAUCGUGAGGUCCAAAAGGGCGACGGCACCAUGAACGGCCAUGAUAGCAUUGAGGAUGCUAAGACCUGUCUCGACCUCAUCAAGAAGAAGUGUGAGAAGGGAAAGGCCUGGGCUGCCGGUGACGUGCAAGGCGAGAACUUGUUUAAGCGACUGGCCCGCGCUGGCACCGCCUACCGCGCCACGGCUGGUCCUCAGGCAACAGGUGGCCUCCCGGUAGGCAAGACCAGCGCAGCAGUCGACUGGGGCGACGCAACUAGGAGCGCCUGCAACGCCGCUACUGUCACCAUCUCGUGCAAGUCCGACGCCGAGGUCGAAGCUGGCAUCAUACGCGCCGUGAAGGGUGACCCGGACGGCCUUGAAGUCCCAGGUGGCGGCGUCGACUUCGUCUGGGCCCGCAUGCGCGAGCUGGAAGCCCGGCAGGGCUGGUGGAACCGCAACAAACUCCUCGCAGAGGACGCCGGCGGCCCACCUUCAGUUCCAUGCGAUAGUGACAGCGACCCAUCUGUUCCUUCCCUGGAGCAAUGCCUCACUACUCUUACCGAUCGGCUGAAGCGCAUUCACGACGCUCUGCCGCCCUGUACAGCUUUCAUCGUGUUCAGCGGCACGGGCGACCCGCGCGAGGUGGGCCGGCUGCAGGCGAUGCAAGCGCAGUUCCGCAAGGAGUACAAUACCCCGGGCUCGAAAUGGGACCAGCUCAGCGUGCAGUGGACUGACAAGGAAGAGCAAGCCCUGCGGCGGGCGGUGAAGGCCGCACGCAGCGGGGUCGGUUUCAUCGGUGUGAAAUAGGGGUAGCGUCCGCCAGCAUGGUUCGUGGAGCGCCGGUGGAGGUUGGUGGUGUCUUAUCCGUGGUGUGGAAUCGCGCUGCGUCGGUCGAUUUUGAGGUUGCUUUUCGGAGUGUUUUGACGCCUUGCCUUGGUGGAUCACCUGUCGGAGGCGUACGGUAGCAGCGAUGGCGUGCUUACUCUACGCGACAUGAUCGUCUGAGUAUAACGUAUAAGAGUGAUGUAAUCUUGGGGCGAUGAUUUGAAUGGAGGCUAGCCUGCGACCCGAAACCCAGGCAUGAUGGUCGAAGGUGGAUGAGAGAUAGAUGGAAAGAAGAUGCUUGAGAGGCAACAGCUCAAAAGGGGAAGCGGGUCAUGGUCUAUCUACAAGCCUUGCCUUAUAUUAUAGUCGCUUGAAAUUCGAUAUAGUCGAUG